AUGUCCGAUGAUUCCUUCUACAAGGCUCUCAUGCACACCACCUGGAGGCUUGAAUGUAAUAGGUGGGAAAAAUCUUUCCUGAAAUCUCUCCAACAGGAGCAAGAAGGUGAAUUCAAGAUGGUGGAGACAGAAAUGGAGAUAUUCAAGGGAUUCAUUACUGCCCAGGGGCUCCCAGCAUUGGAGGAUGACAAAGACUACCUUGAGGCAGUCUUUGCAGAGGAACUGGACCACUAUGAUGUUGCCAGUGAGCAAUACGACCAAUUCAUGACUCAUGCUGGAAAGUGUGCCACCCCUUUCCCAAACAGCAGCGAUACCAAACCAUCAGACUCUCACAGUGAUGCAGAGUCUGAUGAUAGCCUAAUCUAUCGAUCAGAACAAUGA